AUGGACAACUUCGAUUACCUGACGCGCGACUGGUCCAUCCUGGGCCCGCAUCACCUGGACGAGUUCAAGCGCGUGUGGUCCGAGUACGACCCGGCUGCCAAGGGCCGCAUCAAGCACCUGGACGUGGUGACGCUGCUGCGCCGGAUCCAACCCCCGCUGGGCUUCGGGAAGCUCUGCCCCCACCGCGUGGCCUGCAAGCGCCUGGUGGCCAUGAACAUGCCCCUCAACUCGGACGGCACCGUCACCUUCAACGCGACGCUCUUCGCGCUCGUCCGCACCUCCCUCAAGAUCAAGACGGAAGGGAACCUGGAUGUGGCCAACAAAGAGCUCCGGGCUGUGGUCAAGAAGAUCUGGAAGAGGACGAAGCCGAAGCUGCUGGACGAGGUCAUCCCCCCGCCCGAGGAGGAGGAGGUGACCGUGGGGAAGUUCUACGCCACCUUCCUGAUCCAGGACUAUUUCCGCAAGUUCCGCCGGCGGAAGGAGCGGGGGAUGUUGGGCCCCAGCGCCGCCCCCAGCAACGAGAGCGCGCUGCAGGCCGGGCUGCAGACGCUGCAGGCGCUGGGCCCCGAGAUGCGCCGGGCGCUGAGCGACCUGGAGGGGGACGAGGGCGGAGACGCCCCCGCGGAGGAGCCGCUCACCUACGCGGCCCCCGAGACUCUCUACGGCUCCGCCCCCAACUCCCCCCUGCUCGGGGACGC